AUGGCGAGGUCAAGCUGCGAAGCUGCCGGGAUAUCCCCCACAGCAUUUUGUGAAACUGGAAUUAUCUUGGAAGGGGUAUCCCCUUGGGUCAAGGGGACUCUUUCAGCGCGCUGUUUGAACACUUUGCCUCCGACGCUGGGUCUUUUGACUUCUCUGCAGCGGCUAGAUGUUGCAAACAACAAGUUAACUGCCCUCCCAAUUGAAAUAGGAAAUCUGACUAAGCUUGAAGAUUUGCAAGUCAACAAUAAUAGGAUUAGUUCCAUUCCUUCAAGUGUAGGCAACUGUACUUCUCUUAUCGAGGUGGAUCUUUCAUCAAAUCAUCUGUCUGAGUUGCCAGAUGAAUUUUGCAGUUUGCAUAACUUGAAGGCUUUGCAUAUCAGUAACAAUGCUAUGAAAAGCCUCCCAAAUUCGUUAUUCACGAUGUGCGCCCAGCUAUCAACUUUGGCUGUUCAUAAUACAGAAAUCACUACGGAUACCCUAUUGCAGUGUGAAGGAUGGGAAGAUUUUGAGGAGCGCCGUCAUGCAGAGUGUCAGAGGCGAAGAGAGGAACAUUUUAAUUCUGCUGAAUUUGAUGAAUUGGCUGAUACUAUAUUCAGUGAUUUUUUGCGGAAUAGAGAUGGCUGUUCUGCAAGAUGGCUGAUUUUAGCUUUAUAUAGGAUUUUCUCCCUCGAACAUUCAGUUGGAAAUGAUCUUUUGGUGACAGGGAGUAAUCUUGCUCAAGUAGGAGAAUUUAAGAAGGCCAUGCAUGUUGAGUUUGAAAUGACUGAUUUGGGUAAGAUGGCUUACUUCCUCGGAAUGGAGAUUAAUCAAACUCCAUGUGGAAUCUUUGUCAACCAAAAGAAGUAUGCCAAUGAAGUCCUACGGAAAUUCAGUAUGGAGAGUUGCAAAUCCAUGGACAUUCCUUUAGUUCAAAAUCAGAAACUUUCCAAAGAAUAUGGUGCAGUGAAGAUUGAUGAAGGGUUGUACAGAAGCCUAAUUGACCAUUUGCUAAAUUUAACAGUAACCAUACCAGAUGUUAUGUAUGCUACCGGUUUGCUCUCCAGAUUUAUGAGCCAUCUGAGUGAAGUCCAUUUUAAAGCUACCAAAAGAGUGCUGAGAUACGUAAAGGGAAGCACUGAUUUUGGAGUGGAUCUUUCAUCAAAUUAUCUGUCUGAGUUGCCAGAUGAAUUUUACAAUUUGCAUAACUUGAAGGCUUUGGAUAUCAGUAACAAUGCUAUGAAAAGCCUUCCAAAUUCGUUAUUCAGGAUGUGA